UUAUUUUAGGUAAAAAAAGAAGCAACAGUACAAAUAAUCCGGUUUCACCAUACCUGCGCAAACAUAUUUUGAACAAUAUACGAAGGAUGAGAACUGCUGUUGCAAUGGCUGUUACUCAAAGAAAUAAAGAAGAUAAAAGCUUUAGUAUUAAAAUAGAAAAUCUUACUAAAGAUUUAAAAAAUAUACCAUCCCACGUAUUUGGAGAGCAUCUAAACUGUACAGCCAUAGGAUAUUUUAGAUGUGAUAAAAAGUUUGGAGAAAAAAAUUAUAUUGAAGAAAUGAAGGCAUGUGGGGUUUUGCAAGACAUUGAAGUUUGUCUAAAUAGACUCAUAUUGCAUGCUUCCAGUUUGUUAAGAAAUAUGGACAAUAAUGUAGCUGAACAUUAUAACUCUGUGGUAUGCAAGUUUAUUGGCGGAAAGCGCAUCAAUUUUUCAAAAAGAGGGUCUUAUCAAAUACGGUGUGAAGCUGCAGCCCUAUCUUAUAAUCUUGGAAGCGGAGAAUACCACAGACAAAUUUUUAAAUCAAUUGCUGAAAAAAGUCCUUCUGGUCAUACAAAAAAAUUUAUUAAUAGAGUUAAACAAAGACGUAUUAAUACUCUUAAAAUAAGACCAAAAACCCUAUUUAAAAAACGAAAUAAAUCAAUUGCGCUUCCUGAUAAAGAUUAUGGGGAUCAGGAGGCAGAUAAUAGCAUACAGCCAGACAUGGAAGAAAAUUUAUUUGAAGAAAAAAAAAAGGAAUUUUUAGAAGAACUCGAAAAAAAUGAAAAUGAGAUUAAGGAUUUAGAGAUUAGUACCAGAGGACAAGGAGGAAAUCCAAAGUGGUAUCAAGAAAGAAGUUUAAGGCUUACAGCAUCAAAUUUUGGAAAUAUUUGCAAAAUGCUAGAAAAAACAAAUUGCAAAAAUAAAGUAAAAGCAAUUCUUUAUUCCAAGUUUCGGGGCAAUAAACACACUAAGUAUGGCACCGAAAAAGAACCAUUUGCUAUUCAACAAUUUGAGGAAACCUACAAUUUAAAAGUUGAAAUGUGUGGUCUUUUUAUUGAUUCCGAAUGUUGUGCUUUGGCUGCUAGCCCUGAUGGGCUAGUUGGCUCAAGAGGAUUAGUAGAAGUAAAGUGCCCAUCAACAGCUUCAGCAAUCAGCCCUACAGAAGCUAUCAAUAAAAAAAUAAUCAAGUUUGCCACCCUUGAUGAAAAUGGACAGAUGCAUUUAAAACAGAACCAUGAUUAUUUUUAUCAAAUCCAAGGCCAGCUUCAUAUCACAAAAAGAGAUUUUUGUUAUUUUAUUUUAUGGACACCUAUGGGGAUGCUGGUAGAACAGAUUUGGCGGCAGGACUCAUUCUGGAAUGACAAAAUGAUAGGAAAAUUAAAAAGUUUCUAUUACAAUUGUUUAUUACCGGAAAUUAUCGACCCGCGAUAUAGUAGAGGACUGGAAAUAAGAAAUCCAUCGAGAAAAUAACAUUUUAAUUUUAAAAUAGGUAUAUUAAUAGAUUUUUGCAAAUAUAAAACUGUACUUUUAAAAAAAAAAUUUUAAAUAUAAGUAUGUAUAUAAUUGUUUUUUCAAUAAGAUUAGGGUAAAAUGUAUAACAGUUCAAAAAAAAUGUUUAAAAAAAAAACAUUUAUACAUAGAUUUUGUAUAACUAAUGUAUAUUUUUUUAAAAAUGCCUCUUAAAAACUCCCCCGUACAUCAUUAACAAAAAGUCUCGCAAAAAGUUUAAUAAUAAUUGUAGCAAAAAAAAAAUUAUAUGAAAUAGGAUCGAGCACCCCAUUUCAAAGAAAAAUUUUGCCAAUAAUCGACAAUCGUAAUGUCUCAUUAUUCAAGUUUCAUAAUUCCCUGCGCCAUGCUAUUCCAUCCUCACCAGAUUUAUAUGACACGCGAGAACCUAUCGGUUUGGUCGCCGCUUUGAAAUGACCCCUUCCCUUCAUCCUUCCGCUGAGUGUUGCCAUAUGUUGGGUGAGCCAAAAAAUCGCCUAUAUUUUGAAAUCCGAGUUGGUCACGUGCUGAUGGAUGCUCU